AUGCAGCGAGUCCACGAGAAUCGCGACAGGUUGCUGUAAUUGUAAGUUUCCUUCUGAGGAGGCCGAGCCGCGACAAUCCCUCUCGCAGCCGCCGGACGCGACGCGAGUUGCUGCCGAUGGACGAGCCACCGCCACGGUGCAGUACGCCGACAAAAUCCACUCCUCUCUCUGGUUUCUAAGGCGCCGGACGCGCCCGCACGCCCGCACGUCGCCAAGCGCCUCCAGAUGGAGCUAGACGCAGAUUCACACCGUGUUAUCAUUGAGACGAGAUCUGGCCGAUCCGAGCUUAAAUAAAGGGUUGUUCAGCCUUCAUUGACGCAAUCGGAUACCCCGUGAAUUUUAUAGAGGGCCGGUCCGGCUGUAGACGCUGUAAAUAUAGAUAAAUAUUUCUUGCGAGGUGAAAGAAUAAUACUGGUGUGAAGAUCGGCAGAGCGUGUGGGGGAGAGGGAGGAGGGGGAGAGGGAGUACUCACGAAGCCAAACUAGACGAGACGAGACGAUCGGGCUACUAGCUAGCUGCGCAGGCAGUGUGUGAUGACGUCUGACUGGACCGGUGUACUACGUAAGAUGAAGCGACGGGUCUGCUCUCGCCCUUGACCAGACCAGACCAGACCAGAGUUUUCUUCGAGGAGUAGCGCUGGUCUCACCACCUCACACCCGAAUCAACGCGUGCACGCGUCUCCACUGCAGGCAUGCAUCACUGCACACGUUCCAAAGCACGCCAGCACCCAGCUCGGCCCUCCAAAACACUAGCCUAGCUUGCAGCUUCCUCUUCCUCCAACUUCACUCGGUCUCACUCCACAGUCCACUGCUCAGAGUGAAGAAGGGUCGUCUCUUCCGUAGAAACGUCGCUCCCUCUCCUCCAUAGCUUGCAGCUUCCUCUUGCCAAAUCUGGGCGCAAGCCCGCCGGUCGCCGGAGAUCUAUGGCGGACCAAAAGAAACCGACAGACCAGCACAACAAGAGGCAGCGGGUUUCCGAGAACGCCGAGAGCAGCAACAAGAAGUUCAGCAUCAAGGAGGUAGUUGGUUCGGGGGUCGCGGGGACGCGGCCGUUGGCAUCGCCGAGUCCAGUUGCCAGGGCCAAGCCAAUCGCGGUGGUGAAGCCAACGGCCGCUACGGUGGCAGUAACCGGUCCAGUGGCCACCAUGGCACCGGCAUCGGCGGAGCCCAGUCCGGUUGCCAAGGCGAAGCCAACGGCCGCUACGGUGACAGUAACCGGUCCCGUGGCCACUAUGGCACCGGCACCGGCCGCGCCCGGUCCGGUUGCCAUGAAGACGCCCACGCCGGCGGCGCCCAGUCCAGUGGUCACCAUGGCACCGGCACCGGCGCCGGCAGCGCCCAGUCCAGUGGCCACCAUGACACCGGCACAGGAGGCGCCCAGUCCGGUGGCUACACAGACUCCGGCGCCGGCGGAGCCCAGUGCAGUGUCCACGAAGAUGCCGGCGCUGGCGGCUCCCAGCCCAGUUGCUAUGGCGACGCCGGUGGCCGUGGUGAACCCACCCGCCACGGUGAAGCAUGAGCUGGAAGACGGAGGGGUGCUCGUAAUCGACGAACAAGUAGCAAGAGCCAUGGUAGCCGCGGCACCUGCGGAAGAGGAGUCCGUCAUCUUAGAGGUGAAGAAGAAAUGGCUUCACUGCGCUGCGUGUCCUGCGCCCCUCAAGCGUCCCGUAUUCAUGUGCGGGAAUGGACAUGUCGUGUGCUGCUCCUGCGGCGGCGGCGGCAAUGGCGACGGCGGAGCGAACAAGCACUGUGAUUUGUGCGGCCGCGCCACCACCUACACCCGCAUCCCCUACAUCGAUGGCCUGGUCGGCGACUACAAGGUGCAGUGCCCCUACAGGAUUUUCGGCUGCGCGAGGUCCAUCACCUACCACUCGGCCGCGGACCACCCUGCCAAGUGCGCGUACGCGCCCUGCUACUGCUUCGAGUGCGCGUUCCAGGGUUCCCCGGCAAGCCUCCUGCGCCACCUCACGGAGGAGUCCGGCCGGCAUUGUUGGCCCAUGGAAAAGAUUAAGUACGAGAUCUGCCGCCCGCUCGUCGUGCCGGGGUCGGAGCACCGCCUUCUGCUAGUGGCGGAGGAGGACGGCCGAGUGUUUCUCCUGGCCGUUGGCGCGGGGAGGGGCGCCGCCGGCGUCCGCCCCGUCAACAUCGUGUGCGUCAGGGGCAAUGUCGACGCCGACGCGAGGCCGGUGUACACAGGUGUGCUCUGGGUGGAUGGCCCUCCGGCCGCCGCAGGCCACUUCAGGAGCAGCUUCCAGCUGAAAGGCGACGUGGCGAACUGCGGAGUCCCCGGCGAGGUGGACAUGGAGCACGGGCGCCUCCAUGCGCAUGUCAAUCCGGAGAUGCUGCACGGGGAGUCUAAAGAGAUUCAUCUGCGCAUUUGCAUUACCAAGUUCUGGUGAAUUAGCUAGCCCCCGAGUUAAGUUGAACUUAUCACUGCAGACCGUAUUGUCAGUAGUAUACGUUAGUUGCUGCAGGCUGUUCUAUUUUGCCGUGUGUGCUAUAGCUGUCCAUUCCCAGUGGCUUUAUACAUGAACCAUGGUUAUGCGCCUUCACUAAUUAGCACCCGAUGAUUCGCCCUUGAGUGAAAUGCGUUGGAAGGACCCAAUU